AAAUUUUAGAAAGGUCAAAGAGGAAGAUGAUGUAAAUAUUGACAGGAAGUUUCAGCUGCAUUUGAAACAGAAGAGACAUCGAAGGAGAUCAAAACAGGUGAUGGACAGCAAGUUAGAGCAGUCCCAGCCUUUAGAAGAUGAUCCUAACUCAGUUUCAAACAAGGAACAUCAAGAAGAAAGGGACUGUGUUGUGCCUAAUAAUGAGAACGGGCUUGCUCGUCAGACUUUAAAGAAUGACACGCUUGAAAGUUUUGAAUCAUGUAAGCCGGACAGGACAUGGUCUAGUCCAAACAGCAUGUCCUCUGAGCAUUUUGAGUCAGAUAAGUCUGGCUCUGGAGAACUUGUUGGGUCCAAGCGUUCAAAUGAAGAUAUGGAGGCUAAUGAAAAUAAUAAGAAGGCCCGGACUGAUAUCAUAGAUAGUGACGAUGAGGUUGAUGGUACAGUGAAGGAUGAAUUGAUUUCAUCCAAAUUGGAGGAUCAGUUUACUAUGCCUGAAAAAAGUGGUGCUUCUGUGGGGGUUGAAUCUCAAGAUGCAACCGUUUCUAGCUCUGAUAGUGAUUCAGAGAAUUCCGAUACUGAUGAUAUCAAUACUUCCGUCAGUUCUAAGAGAGAGCCAAAAAAGAAAAUUCGAAGGAUCCUUGAUGAUGCUGAAUUAGGAGAAGAGACAAAGAGGAAAAUUGCUAUAGAAAAGGAACGUCAAGAGCGCUUAAAGUCAAUGCAGUUUUCAGCCAAGUAUAACAUGAUGAAUUCUUCAAGCUGCAGUAGGAACUUAUUAGAUGAAGCUAGUUUAGAGGUGCUUGGUGAUGCCAAUACUGGUUAUAUAGUGAAUGUUAGGAGGGAGAAUGGUGAAGAUGCUGUGAGGAUUCCUUCAAGCAUAUCAGCAAAAUUGAAAAUCCAUCAGAUAGCUGGGAUCCGAUUUAUGUGGGAAAACAUUAUACAGUCGAUCACAAAAGUGAAGUCCGGGGAUAAAGGUCUUGGUUGCAUUCUAGCUCACACAAUGGGCCUUGGUAAAACGUUUCAGGUUAUAGCUUUCUUAUACACAGCAAUGAGAAUUGUUGAUUUGGGAUUAAAAACAGCACUUAUUGUCACUCCUGUAAAUGUGCUGCACAACUGGCGGCAGGAGUUCAUGAAGUGGAGACCUUCAGAAUUAAAACCCCUCCGUGUCUUCAUGUUAGAGGAUGUGCCAAGGGAGAGACGUGCAGAAUUGCUUUCCAAAUGGAUAAGGAAAGGUGGAAUUUUUUUGAUAGGCUAUACCGCUUUUCGGAACUUGUCUUUUGGAAAACAUGUGAAGGAUCGGAAUGUUGCUAGAGAUAUUUGUUAUGCUUUGCAGGAUGGACCUGAUAUACUAGUUUGUGAUGAAGCCCAUACUAUUAAGAACACCAGGGCUGAUACAACUCAGGCCUUGAAACAAGUGAAGUGUCAGAGGAGGAUUGCCUUAACUGGAUCACCACUUCAAAACAAUCUCAUGGAGUACUACUGUAUGGUCGAUUUUGUAAGAGAAGGUUUUCUUGGAAGCAGCCACGAGUUUAGGAACCGCUUCCAAAAUCCAAUAGAAAACGGUCAGCACACAAAUUCGACACAUGAAGAUGUAAAAAUUAUGAAUCAAAGAUCUCACAUCCUUUAUGAACAGUUAAAAGGAUUCGUCCAGAGAAUGGAUAUGAGUGUGGUGAAAAACGACUUGCCUCCUAAAACUGUCUUUGUUAUUACUGUAAAGCUUUCUCCGCUACAGAGGAAGCUUUACAAGAGAUUCCUUGAUGUACAUGGUUUUGCAAAUGAUAGACCUUCUAAUGAAAAAAUUAGGAAGAGUUUUUUUGCUGGGUACCAGGCCUUGGCUCAGAUAUGGAACCAUCCUGGGAUUCUGCAAUUGAACAAAGAUGCUGUUGAAAACUUCCUUGCAGAUGAGAGCUCAAGUGAUGAAAAUAUAGAUUAUAAUGUGGAUGUUGGAGUUAAAACGGGUAGCAUGAAUGAUUCUCUGCACAAGAAAAAUGAUUAUGCAUUUAUUCAAAAGGGUUGGUGGAGAGAUCUUCUUCACAAAAAUAUUUAUAAGGAAUUGGAUUACAGUGGCAAAAUGGUUUUGCUGUUUGACAUCAUAACCAUGUGUUCAGAUGUGGGUGACAAGGCACUGGUUUUUAGUCAGAGCAUUCCAACUUUAGAUCUGAUAGAACUAUAUCUUUCAAGAUUGCCUAGACGUGGAAAAAAAGGGAAGUUCUGGAAAAAGGGGAAAGACUGGUAUAGACUGGAUGGAAAAACGGAAAGUUCUGAAAGGCAAAAGUUGGUUGAGAGGUUUAACGAACCAACGAACCGAAGAGUCAAGUGUACUUUGAUCUCUACAAGAGCUGGAUCUCUUGGGAUUAAUCUAUAUGCUGCUAAUCGUGUUGUCAUUGUCGAUGGUUCUUGGAACCCUACAUAUGAUCUUCAAGCUAUAUUCCGGGCCUGGAGGUAUGGACAGAAAAAGCCCGUGUUUGCUUAUCGAUUGAUGGCACAUGGGACUAUGGAAGAAAAAAUUUAUAAGCGUCAGGUGACAAAAGAAGGUCUAGCUGCAAGGGUGGUAGAUAGACAACAAGUACAUAGGACUAUCUCUAAGGAGGAGAUGUUACAUCUGUUUGAAUUUAGUGAGGAAGAGUUGAUGGAACUUGGUGAAGAGAAUGGAAACCAGAGUACAACUAAUGAAGGUGGAGAGUCACUGAAGCAGAAGAUUCCUCUCUCUCAUGGAAGCUGUUCCUCUGACAAAGUAAUGGAAAGUUUACUUGGCAAGCAUCAUCCAAGGUGGAUUGCCAAUUUCCAUGAACAUGAGACCCUUUUGCAAGAGAACGAAGACGAAAAACUCUCGAAAGAAGAGCAAGAUAUGGCUUGGGAAGUUUUCCGGAAAACCUUAGAGUGGGAGGAGGUGCAGCGAGUAUCCCUCGAUGAAUCUGUGGCAGCUGCAGAGCGCAGGCCUGUUGUUCCUGAAGCAUCGCCUCCGAAACCAGAGCCUGUGAUGGAUCACCUAACAAAACCCCAGGGCAUUUUCAGGAGUAGGAUCGUGCAACGGAAAUGUACUAAUCUUGCCCACCUGCUCACUCUCAGAAGCCAGGGCACUAAAUCCGGUUGCAGCACCGUAUGCGGGGAGUGUGCCCAGGAGAUAAGCUGGGAGAACUUAAACAGGGACAGCAAAAUCUCAAGGUAGCAAAAGAGAGAAUGACCAAAAAUUUUCUCCAUAAUAUUGAACUCUUCCAAUGUAAUUUGUUGUGAUUAUAGAUGAUUAGUUGUAUGAUGUCAGUUCAAUCCCCUUUUGAACACACUACGUUCAAUCCCCUUUAUUGUUGCCCAUUUACAGUCAUAUGUUGCUUUUAUUUAGUUCCUUUG